AUGAUACAAUGCAUAGAUUAUGCUCAUAGUGAGAUCGUAAGUACGUUGGCAAGAGCAAGAGAGUCCACAUAUUGGCCAGGUAUCAGCAAGGAAGUUCGCCAGUUUAUAGAACUAUUUAAUGUAUGCAGAUCGUUGGACAAACAGCAGCCGAAAGAAAUUUUUGUCCAACACGAUAUUCCUCAUCGUCCGUUGACGAAGGUGGAAACUGAUCUUUUUACCUAUAAUGAGUGUCAGUAUCUUAUUUGUGUCGAUUACUAUUCAUCGUUCUGGGAAGUUGAUCUUUUAGAGAGCACGUUAUCGGAAACCGUAAACAGGAAGUUAAAAGCACAGUCUGCACGGUAUGGGAUACCUGAAGUAGUUAUGUCGGACAAUGGUCCUCUAUUUUCUUUAGGAGAUUUUAAGGAAUUCUGCCAGAAAUGGAAUAUCCAUCAUGUAACGAGUUCACCUACAUACCCACGGAGCAAUGGGAAGAUGGAAGCCACUGUCAAGUCGGCAAAGAUGCUCAUGAAGAAAGCAAAGAAGGCAAGAAGAGAUCCCUCUGUGGCUCUUCUUGAAUACAGGAAUACCCCAACACAUGGGUUAAAUAGCAGUCCAGUUGUGCGUUUGAUAAGCCGUCAAUAUUCCGACCUUUUUUGA